AUGUACCUAUUCCAAGCUGGAUUACAGGUCUCAACUUUGCGGUUUUUGGGCCAUUGGACUAUAGAACGGUCUUUGAACAACUACUUGCAAGAAGCAGUGGCUUUCCAGUUGGUAGCCCGGCUGCAGCCAUGGGCUCAGGCCUGGCUUCGCAAUGCCUUGCCCCCAGCACUGAGCACAUUGUCGCUUCCCCGGCGCGUGGCACAGCCGGCACUCUGGCAGCCUCCGGCCUCUUUAAGCUGGCAGCUGGCACUCACGGCAGCUGAAAGCUAUGCAGGCUUUGGAACGGCAAUUCCGCAGCCGAGUAGUUUCGGCUGGGAGCUUGAGGGGCCAGCGCUACGGAGAGCGGCAAAGCGGUACGCCGCGGAUCCGGCAUUCCACCAGUAUGCCAGGGCCAAGACGGCGCUACAGCACUUGACAGCUCACGAGUCUCCUCGUGGAGCCCAGGCAGUUCUGGAAGCUGUACAGCUUGCGCUGGCUCUGGGCUGUUGCGUGCUCACUUUCCGGCCUGCCUUCGGCCUGCUGCUCAGCAAGCUGCUUGCCCUCUGCAUACGUGUGGCCGUCCGGCACAGCAGCGCUCUCCUCACCAUCGUGUUUGAUGAGCUACUGGAUGAGGCGCUGGCUCAAAUGGACAGUGCGCUUCGGCCUCCGGUGUGGGCUACGCCUCCCGAUGGCACAUGCCCCGUCCUGCAACUUGGUGUUUCUACUUUCACGCAUGUGCUGGGCAACGUUGUGUCCGCCACAAGUGGCGCAGUCAUCGCGUUAUGUGCGCGAGCCCUUAAGGCCCGCCUCCGUGUGGCAGCAUAG